AUGAAGUCCUUACUGAUCCGUUUGGCGACUCCGCUACGCCCGACCAAACUCCCCUUUGCCCUACAAUCCACAGUUCUAAGUGCAAGCCGACUUCGAUGUCUAAGCACAACCAGGCCACUACGACAGGCACCUUCUCAGCCUCAGCAGGAACGGCCCGUUAACUUCUACCGAACUCACGGUCGGGCGCUACUGAAAGCGCUGACGCUGGCAUUCCUCACAUAUCAGAUCGCAUAUUGGGCAUGGCUCACCCUGGAGACGGAGGAGAUCAAGGACCAGAAAAACCGUGAAAUCAAGAGCUUGGAAAACGAAGUGCGACUCCUGGACGAGAGUCGGAGAGCGCAGAAGUCCAGUGGUUAA